AUGGAAGUAGACAAAGACAUUGGAGGAGCUCAGGCAUUGCUUCAAUUAGGAUCCAAGGCCAAUGAAGAUGAGCCCUCAGGUGGUGACGUUGUUCAUGAAGAUCAAAAUGAUUUGGUGGUGCAUGAAUCAGAAGAAGCUGGAGAUGAUCAUCAUGUAACUGGUAGAGAUGACGAUAAGGAUCAAGAGCUUAAUGAUGCUGUUGAGGCAGCAGUGAUGAAAUAUGUGGGUGGUACACUCAAUUCUGGUUCUGGUGAUAAUGGUCACAAUAUUCAUCAUAUGAAACUGAGAAGACUACCUGGUGAGUCUAAUAACAGGGACGAUCCUGAUGUACAUAAUGAUCCUAAUCACGAUCCUGAGUUGGAAAGCGAGCAUGCAAAGGCAUUGAGGAGACGUAAGUUGGCGAAUGAAGAGUUCAUGAAUGAUAUUGACCUGUGGGCUUUCUUACAUGAUAAUGUGGCGGAUAGUAGAGACAAUGAUGUUAAUGUUAAUUUUGAUCAAACUUCUCAGUUGACUAAUAGUGACGGUGGAAAGAGGAAACGUCGUAGAAAGACCGGUGAUGAUUUUCGGGAUUCCUCGUUACUGAAUCUUGAAUCUCAAGAACAUGAGGAUUUGGUUCGUGCUGCUAUUAUGGAUGUCAGAGCUUUGGAAUGGUCACAUCAACAAACUCCUGAACAUGCUACAAAUGAUGAUGAAGCCAUGGCACAGGUUGCUUCUCAAGCAGUUGCAUCUGUAACUGCUGCGGCUGCUGCUGCGGCUGCUGAAGCUGCUGAACUUGAAAAGAAGUUGAGUAUACAUCUGCAACAACAACAGCAACAGCAGCAGCAACAUCAACAUCAACAGCAACAUCAACAGCAACAACAAAGGAAAAGAGGAAGAAAGAGACAAAAAUUGGAUGAAGAAGAAGAAGCUAAAAGUUUAACUCGUGAAUGGCCCAACUUAACUCCAUUAACAACAGAAGAAGAUUUGGUAAUUGCUGCUGGACAAAUUACUCAUGAAUGGUUUGAUCAAACUAUUUUAUCUGAAGGUGAAAUGGAAGUUGAAGAGUUGGAGAAGUUGGAUCCUCAGAGAAAGAAAGAUUUGUUUAAGAAACUUGGACCUCGUUAUUUCACACCAUUGGAAAUUGAAGCUGUGGAUUAUUUUAUUCUGGGUUAUUGUCAUUUGAAGGAGCUUACACGUGAAGAAAUUUGUGCCAGAGUAUGGACUCAUGGUAGAUUAAAGGAUACAUUCUGGAUUAAUUUAACCAGAGUAUUCCCAUAUCGUUCACGUGCCAGUGUAUAUAAGCAUGUUAAACGUCAAUACCAUGUAUACAACAUUAGAGGAACAUGGACAAAAGAAGAUGAUAAUUUAUUAGGUGAACUUGUUCAAAGUAGACCUGGUAAUUGGAAAUCUAUUGGGGAAACCAUGGGAAGAAUGCCUGAAGAUUGUCGUGAUAGAUGGAGGAAUUAUCUUAAAUGUGGGGAUAAUAGAACACUGGAUAGAUGGACCAAAGAGGAAGAAGACAAAUUACUUAAAGCUGUGGUAGAGAUACUAUCUAAAUUAAAAACAGAUAUUAAUUUCCGAGAUUAUGAUAAGAAUAAAUUACUUAAUUGGACAGUUGUUAGUGAGAAAAUGGAUGGAAGAAGGUCAAGAAUUCAGUGUCGAUAUAAAUGGCGUAAAUUGGUUAAACGAGAACAGAAUGAAUUGGCUCAAUUGAUGUCUCUUCCUCAUAAAGUUUGGAUGUUUGAUAUACUUUUACAGUCAGAAUAUACUCUGUUGGAUAAAGUGGAUUGGAGUAAGAUUGCAGAUGAAAGACCUUUUGAACCUAGAAAUGAACUUCAGCUGUUACUUACUCGACUGGAUCAAGGUGAAGCGUAUCGAAUUGCAUUUGAGAGAUUGACUCAAAAGAAACGUAAGACCAGUCCUCGUCUUGAGUUUAAGGAACUUAUAUCCAAAGUGAGAGAACUAUGCAUAGCCAAUGAGUUCCAUUAUGAAUCCAAUGACAGACAUCCGGGCACGAGGAAGAAGUCGAAUAUGUCCGAUGAUACUGAAGAGAAGAAUGGGCAGGAUUCGGUUGAAGAUGCAGCAUCUAUUGCUAAUGCAGCAGUGGCUGCAGUACUUAAGAAUGGACUUGAAUAA